ACCGGACACGACUCGUGAGAAGUUGACCGAAACAUGGAAGUCCCAAAACACUUAGCUAAUUUGAUGUUGUUAAUCCUUGGUUUUAUCGUGGAAACUAAUGCUAUUCCUUACAAGACAGGUAGCACGACACUUGGAUUUGGAUCAGCUAAGAAUGUUUUAAUCUUCGGUAUUGAUGGCCUUGGUGGAGUUCAUUUAAAAAACGUAACAUCCAAAUACCCAGGGCUUCGUUCAUUCUUUGAGAAAGGAAGUUUUACAACUAAAGCAAGAUGUGAAACGCCAACAGUAAGUGCGUCAAACUGGGGCACACUAAUUACUGGUAUGACACCAGCUGAAGCUGGUAUUCAAGCUAAUUACUGGACACCAAAAUAUGCUCGACCUAAAAACAUCACUCAACGAAGUCAUUUUGCACCAAUCUCUGGAGAGGGAGUGCCUGAGAGUAUCUUUGAUGUUAUACGCAAACAGAAAGAUUUAAAGGUCUACAUGGGUUAUACUUGGGAUUGGUUUCAUCAUUUCACAACAAACGAGACCGUUGAUCGCAUGUUCCGAGGAGCACAAGAACCUUACUUUAAUGGCACUAGUGAUUGGUUGAAAUGUGCAUUCAGUUUUGGAUGUAUCAAACAUUCUGAUGAUGCUGUUUAUCAGGCGACUGUCAAGGCGAUCAAGGAGAUGCAACCAAAUGUUAUGUUCCUACAUUUUUCUCGCGUUGAUAAAGCUGGUCAUGAACAUUGCUGGGGAUGCAAAGAAUACUACGAUGAGUUGGAAGUUAUUGAUGGUUACAUUCAAGGAAUUAUUAAUGUAUUGAAUGAAACAAAAACAUCUGAAGGCAAGAGCAUGUUAGAUGAAACAUUAAUGAUGGUCGUCAGUGAUCAUGGUGGAUAUAGAAAAACACACGGAACAUGUAAUGGUCCUAAUAAGGAAUGUUUAAGUUUUACUAUGACUGCUACAAUGAAUGUACCAUUGCUUCUCCAAGGUCCAGGAAUAAGGAUGAAGUAUAACAUGAGUGCCCGCAAGACUUAUGUCGCAAACAGAGAUGUCGUCCAAACUGCGCUCCAUGCGUUAGGGUUGGAGAAAGGUGAAUACAUGACUGGUAGAGUGUUACAUGAAGUAUUCACGGAGUCAAAGAUGGCAGCUGUGAAUAAAGCCAGACGUUUUGUCAGUGGAUUUCAUAUACUCGUCAUAGCCGUUCUGUCGUGUACUCUCUACCUUCUUUAGAAUUUUACCGAAAUUUUAUUGUGCCUCAAUCAAUCUCCUAUUGUGAUAGUGGUUGUCCAUUUUGGGGUUUCCUAGGGUGGAAUCCACAGAACCUCUUGGACUCUAAUGCCAAUUUAUUUAGUAAUUUAAAUUAUAGAAAAACGUUGUAGGGAGCGCCUCACCAUGCACAUCAACGCUUCGUUCUAUUGACUUGCUCAGAUCGUAUAUAAUCAUCAUUUAGACGCUGUAAUUCAUGCCUUAGUAUAGAUUUGUGAU